AUGGACAAGGCAUACCGUAAAGAUGAUUUUGAUUUUUUUAAUCAAGUUGGGAAGAUUAAUCAGAGGAUAAAGUCUUAUCUUGAGAAUGCAGGAUUUGAAAUGUGGGCACACGUGUAUGCACCUGUUAACAGAGGUAGGACGAUGACUUCAAAUAUAGCAGAGUGUAUAAAUGGUAAACUGAAGUUAGCACGUGAGUUGCCGAUAAUCGAAUUUCUAGAGCAGGCUAGAAAAUUAUUUGGAAAGUGGAACUGCAAGAAUAGAGAAAGAGCAUCUUAUACAAACACGUCACUUGGUAGUAGAUUCGAAGGAAUUCUUCAGCUAAAUACUUCAGAAUCUUCAAGGCUUAAGGUUAGUGAUUCAUCAACAUAUGUGUAUUCGGUUUACGAUGACGGAAGUAAGUACAUUGUAUGUCUUGAUAGAAGGACUUGCAGUUGUGGGAGAUUCCAAUUGGACGAGAUAACUUGUGAACACGCGAUUGCAGUUCUAAAAAGAAAGCGUGUAGUUGAUAUGAAGUCUUAUUGCUCUGAGUUUUACUAUCCUAAACAUUAA